GAGGCAGAAGCAAAAUACAAUUUCGGAUCGAAAAAAGAAAAGGGAAGAGAACACCAAAAACAAAAAAUGGUGAGAGAAGAGGAGAAAUCGAGAUGGUGGUGGUUCGAGAGCCACAAGAGCUCCAAACACUCUCAAUGGCUUCAAUCAACACUCGCUGAGCUUGAUGCCAAGACAAAGGCAAUGUUGAAGCUGAUUGAAGGAAACGCAGACUCUUUUGCGCAGCGUGCUGAGACUUACUACAAGAAACGUCCCGAGCUUAUCUGCUUUGUCGAAGACUUUUAUCGAGCUCACCGUUCCUUAGCCGAGAAGUUUGACCACCUCAAAUCUUCCGACUACGGAUCUCGCUCCUCUAAGUUUCCCCAACAAUCCAUGGACUCCGUUUCUGACAGCAAUUCUCAAUUUGAAGAUGCCGAUUCUGAGAUUGCAGACCCUGAAGAUGACGAACUUGACUCUCCCUUUGCUAGUCACAAAGAAGAUGAGACUUGGAAUUUGGAACAAGAAAGAAUGAAGCUGAUCGAAGAGAGUGAUGCUCUGAGGAAACAGCUGCUAGACAAGGACGAAGAGAAGAGAGAGGUCAUCAGACAGCUUUCUCUAACCCUUGAGACCCUCAAAGACGAGAACUUGAGCCUCAAAAGACGCCUUACCCACCAUUCUCUCAAGCGACGCACCGUUUUGGAGUUCAAGCCACUCGACAAGUUCUUCGGGAAGCUGUUCUACAUUGUGCGCGAUGGCAACAAGAAGAUACUGCAGAAAGCUAGUGGCAACAUGAGGAGGACAAGAAGCAGAGAUGAGAGUUGUGAUGAGACCAAACAAACAGAGGAAGAAGCAGGCAGAGAAGAUUCUGACGGGGAAGGAGACAUUUCGCUUGAACCUGGAGUUGGGAACAGGGGAGAGGUAUCUGGAGACAUGGCCGGAGGAGAAGCUGAGAAACUCGAUGGAGCUUCUGGCAAAAACGAAGGUGCAGCUGAUAUGGUGGACAGCUGAAACUCUAGGAACUCGGAUGUUGAAGUGUGUAAACAGAGUGAGAGAACGGUGAAGGCGGUGAACAGAGAGACACUCAUGGUUACUGUGAAUGUGUUGUAUAUGAGUCUCUCUGCUUCUCUGAGAAUGUUUCUGAGAGACCUUAAGAGGUAAAAAGAGAUGAUAAAUUGAAGAAGAAAAAGGUAUACAGCUAUAGAGGAGGUAAAAGACAAGAUUUGUGGGUUUGGUUGUGGACCUCUGGUUUAGGGCAGAGCACAUGAAAUAUGGAUUUGUCGGGUUUUGAUUUGUGUCGGAGUGUUUGUAUGUUUUGAUAUUGUGAAUAAAAAUUAAAAAAGUAA